AUGACUGUCCUACAGAGAGUGCCAACCCCUUACCCUUCCCAUAUCCAGACGUUAGAAGAGCACUUCACAGCUGGAAUAAUAGAAAUGCUGACCCCUGUUCAUCCUAUCCUAAGCUUCCCUUCCCAAUGGGAAACCAAUAAUUCCUUGCUAGAAUUUCUUGAAGAUGGAGGCUUCAGAUACCCUAUCGGACCUUUGUCAAAUGUCACCCAUCACCCAUUCCUGAUUCUGGGUCUUUUGGAGUCUUCUAGCAAUGAUGCUGUGGUCUUAUAUCAAUUCCCUGGUCCCCUGGAAGUUCCACAGAAUACCUCAGAAGCAUCUACUGGUUCUUACCAUGCUGUCCCCAUACAAUUUUUCCCAGCAGCUUCACCAAUGAACGUCUCAUCCUCUCCAGAUCCUGACCAUCCUCCAGCCUAUUCCUCCCCACCAGAUUCCCCUAGCAUGCCUCCUCUUGCAUCUGAUGUUUUGGACAAUGGCAGUCUAAACCACGCUCCCAAUCUUCAACUGCUGGCAGAUGUUAGCGAAUACAUUACAGCAUCCAAAGGAGGUCACAGCAGCAAUCCUCAGGAAUUUAUCGUCUAUAGCGAUGUCAUGAUUCAAAGACCCACCCUUGAUGUUGCUAGGACAUGGUGUUCCAUCCCCUUUGACACUUCUACUCCCGUCCAAGAUGUUGAUCUCCUGGAAUGA